AUGAGUUCAUCUUACUGGAUCUCAAAUAUUGAACUGGUAAUCUGGUAAUGUUAACUUUGGUGUCAAUAGUUGGGGAACAUGUUUUUUUUUUGUUCAGGAAAAGCUUAAGGAUCGGAAAAUGAGGGCAGAUAUACAGAAAGAUAUUGGACAACUGAUUACAGACAUAUCCUCGUUCGAAAAUCUUUUCACAGGUUAGCAAAUGGUCACUUUUCCAAUAAUUUAUAUUUAAAGUAAAAUUUCACAAUUAAAUCAAUAUAACCUAUAUUGAUGAUUUCAUUCUCAUUUUGAAACUUUUAACAUAACGAAUGAGUGGAAAGUGGCUCAGCCGUGAGUCAAUUGACGAACAAAAGAUGCCAUACUUAUUGGACGAUUACAUAACCAAAGUGGCAGCCGGCACCGAACUGUUUUUCAGUUGAAAUAUUUGGGUAACCAAACACGCUAUAGAAAAGUUGCGAACUGAUCAUUAUUUAAGAAAACAUUUUCCGUGUUUCUAUACGGUUGUAAUAACUGAUAACAUCAAACAUUUUUCAUAACUCAAGAAGAACGGCUUCGGAAAAAUCAUAUCAAGAUAUAACCGUUUAAAUGUCUUAUAAUAUGUAGUUUCUUGUAAGCUUUCUGAAGCUGCAUGUAAAUGAAACAAAAUUAAAGAAAAACCUGUUGGCAGGAGCCCACAAGAAAUUUGAAUCAUUCAUUUUUGUUCCUCUCCCCGACUAUCUUUUAUUUUCUUUUACACAGGUGGCGACGUUACAAUAUCAUUCCCAAAGCAAAGCGCUAGUACUUACAUGAUUGAUAGGGGAUCUCCUGAGAUGGAUUCGAUUAUGGCUUGUUUUUCGGGGAAAUUAACAUCACCGUCAUCCUCGAGUCAUAUUAUAUCCUAUGCAACAACGGCCGGUGAUAAUUCGUUCCUGAUUUUCAGAACGAGCUCUAAGGGAGUACUUACUAUGUUCAGUCAACAUAAGUUAGUCUUUUUUCUUUGCUAUAUUAUACUCUAAAGACAACACUUUGAUUCAACGUUUCGACUUUAUUUAUGGUCACCAUCAGGAAUGAUGACUAAUGAUAAAGUCGAAACGUUGAAUAAAAAAUGUUGUCUUUAUUCGGAGUUACCGUUAUUGUGUAUUUCAUGAAAAUGGUUAGUGCUUCCCGCAGUUAUUGGUCGCAACUCUUAAAUAAUUUUCAUUGUUAUAAUGGGAAACGUGAUUGGCUGAUUUGCGGUCACGUGAUUUUAGAUAAAUACAAUGUAUCCCACCAGACAAGUAAAACAUUGUUUUCGGCCCCGACCGCCUACGUAGCGCGAACCGCCGGGUAACAAGUGAAAAAAUGUUGCUCGCCCCAACUGGCUAAACGUACAUAAAUAAACAAAAUGGCGGCACAACUCACAAGUUUAUAAACUAGGAUUUCCAAGUUUUUGUUAAAAUAAAUAACAGCAAUUUUAAACUGGUUUACUAGAGUUCUUGUCAUGAAAUACAAUUGUUCUAUGAAUGCCAUUGACUUUUCUUGUAUAACAAAACACUUGUCUGUUCCCUCGGGAAAUACUCAGUUUUGUUCCCCCUCGAUUUUUUUGUUGCCCCGACUUCGUCUCGGGAAACAUUGAGGCUUUCGAGAAACAAAACUAUGUCCCUCAACUCCUCAUGCAAGAGCAGACAUUCAGUGUAUAUUAAUAAAAGAUUUUCACCAAGUUUCCUGACAAUGUCUUCAUGAUUGUACUCAGAUUAUUGGAAUAUAUAUUUACAGGUAUUUUGAUAUAAACAAGUUGGGAAUGAACGAUGGGAAGUUGCAUGGAUAUUGUUUCUACUGGGACGUUACUGGUAUCGUCAAUGUGUAUAGAGAUGGCAAAAAGGUUGAGAGCUCUACGGGUUCAAGAACGGACAAAGUGCCUGCGGGUGGGACGUGGGUGCUAGGGCAAGAUCAAGAUAGAGUCGCCGGCCGCUUUUCUCAAAGCCAAGCGUUCGUUGGAGAAUUCAGGGAUGUAAAUAUUUAUGGCAAUUUUGAUAAAAACUAUUUUAAAACAGUAGUUGGACCGGCUGUGAGUAAUUUAAACACAUGUAAGCUAAAAUACAAAGGGAACAUAAUUAAAUCAUGGGAUGAAUUUAAAAUGGGCUUCGUUGGGAAUUAUGCAACAAUGGUCAAGAGUUCCUCUUGCUCAAAUUGACACUUCAAGAUGAAUCUUUGUUAUCGGCCAUACUUGGCUACAAUGUCAAACACUAAUAAUUGUUUUUGAAGUAGUAAUUAAAACCAGUUUACAGUUACGAACGUAAUCUGCCUCAUUUCAUGUUAUUGCCCAUAGACAGCCCAGCGAAUAUACGGUUAUCUUCAAAAUAAAUGGUUGUAAAACAUACAUUCAAGAGUUAAGUUAAAAAAUGUGUUU